GCUCGAACAAAAGAGCGUUUUGUUUCGAUGAUUUUAGUCUCAUGCAUCGAAUAGUUUAACACAUAGAAACGCCAUAUGAGAUCAAAAUGGAUGUAGGAACAACACUGGUAUUAAUAUUUGUUCUCACGCUGGCCCUCGUGACGGCCCUGCCUAGAAACGACCAGGAAAGCGAUAUCGGUGUGUGUGGAAACACGUGCAAGGUGAAUGAAUUCUGUGAUGAAUCCCAAGAAAUCUGUCUAGAUUGCUCUGUGUGUGUCACUUCCGGGUAUUGCGCAAAACAAGACUGCAAUGGAGGAAACAAUACCAAUGCAACAACCAAUGCGCUACAUCAAACAACAAAGGCCCCUGAGAUGUCUCAGCCAGGAUCGCCAUUCAUCCACCAGUCCUCUCGCCCCACCGUCGACGACAAAGAUGACGACGGCGACAUGAAGUCAUCAAAAAAUGAGAGUAGAGAGAAUGGGGAUACUAAAAGGAACAUGUUCCUAACCUCGACCAUCGCCAUAUGUGGAGGGUUCGCGGUGGCUUGUGUUGGGGUCUACAUGUACUUAUUUCAUCCACUGGGACUCCGUUCUCAGGAGAUCACGAAAGAGAGGGACCAGAUGGCAGGGAUAUAUUUAGAAGAAAUAUACCGAAGAGGUAAAAUAUCCCACAAACAUAUAGGCAUGAGGCAGGGAUAGGGGACUGCAACUCUCUUCCCCGAGCCUAACAACACGCCUCGAUUAAAAAAUAAAUCAUGCCAAUAUUCGGGCAGUGAGAUGGUCUACAUUGCAAUUCUUAUAUAUUAUCCAGUGUAUUUGAUGUCGAAGACAUAUUUUCUCUUCAUUUAAAGGAAAGGGUCAACAUUUUUAAAUCGAGACAAUUGAAAGUUUAUUAAAGGGCACUUGCAAGAAACGUCAAACCCAUGGCAAAAUUGUACAUGUACGUUUAUGCUUAUUUCAUUUUUACAACCUGGUUGAAAAACGGAAAAAAAUAAGUUAUGAUAUAUGCUACAAUAUUCAUUGCUAAAAUCAAUCAAAAACAGUUUCCCCUGUAUCACAUUACAUAUCAUGAACGCACUGAAAAUGGAAGACACCUACCAUCAGAAGUCGAGUUAUUAUGAUUCGUUAAACUCUCUCCUAUUUUCAUAUUCAAUUCCUGAUUUAUCCGCUUCCACACAAGUCAACUCUUAUGAAGGGUUAAUCCCUUUUUUAAGAAAUUAACUUUUCACAAAUUUGAACCUGCUUUUUUAUUUCAUUACAAUGUGUAUUAUUAAGAUAACGUCCUCCCUAUGAUUUAACGUCAAUCUUUCGAGAGACCUAAACAGACCCGCCUUGGUCAUGUUGGUAAAAAGUUGCUUGACUUAUAUCCGACGCACUGAAAAAAUUGUGGACGGAAAUUCAGUAAAACACAGUUUUAUCUUCUUCUAUCAAUUCUUAUCACAUCUUGUCCACUCAUUAACCAAAGUAGUCAUCUUUACAUAUUUUCUUUGCUUCUUUACCUUAUAUUUCUUUUUCUGUUUUCAAGACGUAUCGACUUUUUAUCCAAUUUG